GACCUUCCAAAGAUGGCGUAUUUAUAAUUUCGGCCUUUGCAAUUGACGCAAUGACGUCCCCCACCGUACAAUCAAUUCGCGUAUGAAAACAAUAAACAACCCUGAAAAACGGUGAAACGCGAGAUAUGCAAGAGGACCUGUCGCUAAGUUUAGACAGAAAUACCGUUAAAAGAGGAACUGAAACAACAAGUAUAACGUCUUGUAAAACGACGUUGGACUCAUCGGUCCUGAUACAAAGGAUUUCCGAGAGAAGGGUUUCCCCCUUCCUUAGCCCCCUACUAGGCUCUAACGUUAGCUAGCUAGCCAGUCCUGUAGCUCGUACUUCGUUAGUACACUUUGUUUGAUUUGUUAUGCAGUUGUCGGAGGACUAUUUUCGCAUUCGUUUUCCUCCAUCGCCUCAUCGCUCCCUCACCCUGAACUCGCUGGCCCUAUGUCUCGCUGGCUUUUCCCCUGGUCAGGCUCAAUCAAGAAGCGGGCCUGUCGGUACCUCUUACAGCAUUACCUCGGUCACUUCUUUCAAGAACGACUGAGUUUGGAACAGCUGAGUUUGGACCUGUACAAUGGUAGUGGUGUCAUCAAAGAAAUCAACAUCGAUGUUUGGGCGGUCAACGAGCUCUUGGAGUCUCUUGGGGCUCCACUUGAGAUUGUGGAUGGGUUUGUGAGCAGCAUAGAGGUGACAAUUCCCUGGUCAGCUCUUGUCACUGACCACUGCACCCUCGUCAUCUCAGGCCUUCAGAUAACAUGCAGACCCAAGUACAGGACCAGUGGGGGUUUGGACUCCCAGGGCUGGUCCACAUGCAUGACCUCCAGCAUGCAGCUGGCCCAGGAGUGCCUAAAGGACCCCCCUGAGGCGUCCGAGGAGCCGCCCGCUCCACUGGAGGGCUUGGAGAUGUUUGCACAAACUAUUGAGACUGUCCUGCGUCGGAUAAAAGUCACCCUCCUGGACACCAUCGUCCGAAUCGAGCACCAGCCCCUGGACAUGGAGACGGGCAUUGCCUUAGAGGUGCACAUUAAACGGCUGGAGUACUGUGACGAGGCGGUAAGGGACCCCAGCCAGACGGUGCCUGUGGACAUCCACCAGCCCCCUGCCUUCCUGCACAAGAUCCUCCAGCUCAGCUCUGUUCAACUGCUGUACGAGACCACCGGAGGGCCCCAGGGUCCUUUAAGAGCUGACACCCCUGGCUCAGCCUCAGCCAGCGACGAGGAGGAGGAGGAGACUGACCCUCCAGCUGCCCCCACCUCCCUCCCUCCGGCCACCCAACGGCCCCUCCUCAUCGGCAGCUGCUCUGGCUUCAUGGAGACCAUGGUCAAGAUCAAACAGAACGACAUGCUGCCUGGACCUAAGUUGGAGCUGGAUGGGAAGGUGGGCUGCCUCCACCUGCUGCUCUCUCCAGACCAGAUCACUCACCUGACCGACCUUCUGUCUGCCCUCUGCAUCGACACAGAGCCUGAAGCCAGUGGUGCUGGGGUUCACAGCCGUCCCCUGGACUCUGAGGACCUGCGUCUGAUAGAGGAGGACUUGAGCAAACAGUUGAGCUCCAGCCCCGGAGAUAGAGAUCCGGACUGGGAUGAAGAGCCUGACAUGGAGCCCUACCUCACCGGUCUGGAGAACGGGGAUAUGUUCUUCUCCAUGGGUCCUGGUAUGACUAGCAGUGCGACGUCAGCGCUCUCUGGCAGCUCUCUCUCCGACAGCAUGGCGUCGUCUACACACAGCCAGGCUAGCUACGCCCAGGGCCUUCCACAGGGUCCCAGGUGUUAUCCUGUACCAGGAUCACUAUCCAGCCUGCCCCAGUGUAGCAGAAUACCAGGGCGAAGUAGCCAAUCUGAGCCCCUGAAACCAGAGGCAUUGCUCCGCCUCUCGCUUGGCGGGCUCACCCUAACCCUACUGGAGCAGGAACCACACCCCGGGCCGGACGGAGUGUCCUCAUUGAACCAGGUGUCUCAGGUGUUCUUCCGGGAGCUGGCCUUCUUCAAAGACAGCAUGUUCAGUGAGAGAGACUUCCACCACCUCAGAGCUAGCUUCGCUAAAGCAUGCCCGCACUCACACUUAAGGAUGACUGGAGCAGCGGUACAGGUGGCGUGUGAGAUGCGCAGUGCGGGUCGCCACUCCCGUGCUGUGACCUCUGACCUAUCCUUCAGUAGGCUAGAGCUGCUUGAGUGUGUCUGGGAGCCAGGAAAGCCCCAAUACACUGAGUUGCUCCAGUUCCAGCGUGCUGGGAUGUUCACAGUGGGAGAUACAGCCAGACCCUGUGCACAGCUACACUACAGUCUCACAGAGAAACACCUGCGCAAGGGGAGGCAGCGUGUGCAGCGUAGAGACAGUGUAGUGAGGGUAGAGUUGGGAGAGCUGAGUGCUGAGUUGGACCUGGACAUACUGAGUCGACUGGAGCCUCUGAGCAGAGCCUGCAGCCACUGUCCCACACAGACCGGAGGAGGACCCGUCCACACACAGACCCAGAGCAGUGAGCUGCACUCCUCUCUCUCCCUCCUCUCGCCCCACGCCAUCCUUAAGCUCCGCUUCCCCAUCCCGGACCUCCGGCCGCUCCCCUUCCGACGCCCGCCUUCCCAGAGAGCCAUGCGGCAGGAGACCCUGGUACUGGAGCUGUGUGACCUGGAUAUCUGCUCCCAGGAGGGCCUUGACCUCCAGCCAGAUCACCAUGCACCCCCUGUCCCCUCCCACAGCUCCCUCACACAGCUAUUGGAGGCCAGCUUCAGUGACAUGCACGGAACGUAUGAGGGCUGGGAGGGAGGCUCCUUCCCCUGUAUCAGAGUCAAGAAGAGUCAAGACUCCAUGGCCAAACUGUCAGUGCGUGUGAGUGGAGGAGAGGGUCUGGGGUCAGCGUUAGGGGGGGUAGGGGUGGGUCUGAUGAGGGACCUGGGCUCCAUGUCGUUUGAGAACCCCUGUGAACUCCGAGAGAAGACCAGCUCUCCCUUCUCCUCCAACCGCACCAUGUUCGAGACUGAGGAGAUGGUAAUCCCAGCAGACCCAGAGGGGAUGCAACAGUUCCAGUCUCAGUGUGUGUCUCAGUGUCAGUGUGUAGUAGAUGUCUUUCUGCCCCUGGCCUACAUCUUCCUGCCCAGCAAACAGGCCUUCCAGAGCAUCUACAACAGGAUCAAUAAUGACCUGUUAAUGUGGGAAGCCCCUCCCCCCUUAGGUUCUAAGAGCGACCACAGCCCCCUACACCGUCGCCAAGACGAUGACAACUUCCAGCUUUGCAAGUCUGCCUUCAGACUAGACUCGGAUUCCGAGGAAGAAGAUGCUCAGUUCUACACAGCCGGUGAAUCAACCAGACGUAGGCAGUCAGAGUCCCGCCCUAACCACACCCUCAGCCUGCUCUCUCUCACCAUUGUCAUAGGAAAGGGCCGCCUCCAAGCAUUGACGGACAGCAAGGGAGAGACGGGAAGUCUGGAGGACCGUCAUCAUGGUGAGCUCCUAUUGGACCUGGAAGGGGGGAAGAUGUUCAGUGUGGUGCAGCAUCAGAACAACCCCCAUCUCAGCUUCCUGUGCCUGGAGAGCAGGAGGGUGGAUCUCUACCACAAAGCUGUAGUGAAGGACUCCCCUGUCCCCGGGCGGUUGGAAAUGCCCAGCUUCACUCCCCCAGGGCAUCUAGACCUUACCAUUUACCCCACAGAGGUGGGGCUGAGCAGUGUGAGUGGCAGGGAGACUGAGGUCCAGAUGUUAUCCACAGCCAUCAAAAUCACCCUGGACCCGCAGAAGAAUGUCAAGGAGUUUCUGGUUGCCCUUCGUCUCCAUGGUGCCACUAUGCGACAUCGCAUGGCACAGACCAAUCACAGCUGGCACGAACAGCUGGUUGAUUUUUUGGAUGUCAUUGAUGACCCGAUCCUGGGCUACACAUCUCCUGUAGUUAUUACCGUCCUACACACACACCUGGCUACCUGCGUCGUGGACUACAGGCCCCUGUAUCUUCCAUUGAGGGUGUUGUUCACAGCAGAAUCCUUCUCUCUCUCCAGUAACAUCAUAGUAGACACUGCCACCUUUCACCUCAGGUUUAUCCUGGAUGAUUCUGCCUUGUUUCUCUCUGAUAAGUGUGAAAGUGACGUAGUGGACCUGAGACGAGACUAUGUGUGUGUUCUGGAUAUUGAUCUGCUAGAGCUGGCCAUCACCACAUGGAAAGGAAGUGAUAUUGGGAAACUGUCCCAACCUCUGUUUGAGCUGCGUUGCUCCAACAACGUGGUCCACCUCCACACCUGUGCUGACUCCUGUGCUGCCCUGGUCAACAUGCUGCAGUACCUGGUGUCCCAGGGAGACCUGCACCCGCCCCCCCGACACACAUCACCCACUGAGAUUGCUGGACAGAAGCUGCCGUUGUCAGAAAGUCCCGCCUCCUUGCCACCCUGCCUUCCAGCUGAGACUGCUGAGAUCAACCAGUAUGAUCUCCUUGAUGCUUUGAUUGACACAGAGAGGAGCCAUCCAGAUGAGGAUAUGGACUCAGGAUCUCCCACUGUCCCGCGGGGCUCACCUGUUUCAGUCUACCUGUUUCCUGGGGAGGACCCCAAGCUCCGCCCACCAGUUGUCAUUGAGGGGGAGGAGUCAAAGCUUGACAGACUGGUAGCGACGGCCACUGAGGUGCAGGUGGAUAUGAUGUCAGAGGAGGGCUCUGAUGGUUCAGAGGACAACGAGGACUUCUGUAUCCUAGAGGCUCCUGGGAUGGGUAUACCUCCCAGAGACGGGGAGCCUCUUGUGACAGUGCUAGCUGAGGGUCCUAUCAGGGUUAGGGAGGGCCACUUCUCCCGGCCGCGGGGCAGCUCUGACCUGCUGCGGGCCCCCAGCCGCUUCCCUGUCCCCGAGAGCAGGGUGGUGCUACGAGAGGUGUCUGUUGUCUGGCAUCUGUACGGAGGGAGAGACUUCGGGGGCAAGGCCAUGUCUACACACACUCAGCAUGGAAACAGGGGUCGCUCUGCCCCCUCUGGGAUGCGUGGAUCCCCGUCCCGCUCCACUGCCCCGUCCCGGCCUCAGAACUCGUGGCGCUGGGCUGGAGGCGGUGGACGACAACACAACUUGCUCAUGGAGAUCCAGCUCACCAAGGUGAGCUUCCAACACGAGUCCUACCCAGUGGUGGUGUCUGCGUCUGGUCCGGCUCUGGAGGGAGAGGGGCCUGGGGUCGGGGCUGUGGGGGAGCAGCCUCUGUCCCGCCAGGUGUUCAUUGUUCAGGAGCUGGAGGUACGCGACCGCCUGGCUUCGUCCCAGCUUAACAAGUUCCUCUACCUGUACACCAGCGAGAGCAUGCCACGCAGGACACACUCCAACAUGUUAACAGUGAAGGCCCUGCAGGUGUGUCCAGACUCUGGUGUAGGUGGUCCAGAGUCUUGUUUAAGAGUGAGCCUCCUCCCCCUCCGACUCAACAUCGACCAGGAUGCCUUGUUCUUCCUGAAGGAUUUCUUCAGUAGUCUGGCUGCUGGAGUUAACCCCUACCUGCCUGUGGACCCUGUAGCUGAGAUGAAGACAGACCCUUCCCAGAAGCCCGCUGAGGAUGGGGUCAGUGGCACGGAGACCACUGCUGGUCUGGGUCCUGACCUCACCACUUCUGUAGAAACCACCUAUAGCGAGCAGAGCUCCUCGUCCGCUGGCUCCACCUCUUCCACUGAUCAGCCAAUCUACUUCCGGGAGUUCCGUUUCACCUCUGAAGUGCCCAUCUGGCUGGACUACCAGGGCAAGCAUGUGGUCAUUGAGCAGGGGACGUUUGCUGGGAUUCUUAUUGGUCUGGCCCAGCUGAACUGCUCUGAGCUGAAGCUGAAGAGACUCUGCUGCCGACACGGACUUCUAGGCGUAGAUAAGGUGAUUCAGUACGCUGUCACUGAGUGGCUGACAGACAUCAGGAAGAACCAGCUGCCGGGCAUUCUGGGAGGUCUAGGCCCCAUGCACUCUGUAGUUCAGCUGUUCCAUGGAGUGAGGGACUUGUUCUGGAUGCCCAUAGAGCAGUACAGGCGGGACGGCCGCAUUAUCCGGGGCCUCCAGCGGGGGGCAGCGUCCUUCGGCACCUCCACUGCUUCUGCUGCUCUGGAGCUCAGCAACAGACUGGUGCAGGCCAUACAGGCCACAGCGGAGACAGUGUACGACAUCCUGUCCCCAACGCCCCCCCUGAACCGUUACAUCACAGAGGGCCGACCGCCCUCCAACCGGUCCCGCCGCGCCCACCAGCCUGCCGACCUCAGAGAGGGCGUAGCUAAGGCCUAUGACACCGUCAGAGAAGGCAUGAUGGACACAGCUCAGACGCUAUGUGAUGUGGCGUCUCGCGGGCAUGAGCAGAAAGGCCUGCCUGGUGCUGUGGGCGGAGUCCUGCGGCAGAUCCCGCCCACCGUGGUCCGUCCCCUAAUAGUGGCCUCUGAAGCAACGUCCAACCUACUGGGGGGCAUCCGGAACCAGAUCAAGCCAGAUGCACGGAAGGAGGACUUCUUAAAAUGGCGCUCUGAAGAAGGCCUAGAAUGAUGAUUCUGGGGGAUGAAAGGUUAAAGAUAUGGGGGUGAAAUUGUUAUGUGUGUGAACAGAUGAAAGGAGUGAAUGUGUGAAAACGUGAGUUUUAAUUUUUAAAAAGAACUACUGCAGAGUGAUUGACACCCAGUAUUUUAUGUGGUUCCAUAUGGAUCAAGAUAAAACAAUUGUAUCUCUUUCUUCAAUGCAAUCAAAUAGAGCUCAGUUCAGUUCACUAUCCUUGCAGCAGUGUGUACAUGAUGAGGAUACUCUACCUUUCUUAGUAUGUCAACAUAUCACUGUCACUCUGGGUUGUCUUCAUCUUUAGAUGUCAACAUAUCACUGUCACUCUGGGUUGUCUUCAUCUUUAGAUGUCAACAUAUCACUGUCACUCUGGGUUGUCUUCAUCUUUAGAUGUCAACAUGUCACUGUCACUCUGGGUUGUCUUCAUCUUUAGAUGUCAACAUAUCACUGUCACUCUGGGUUGUCUUCAUCUUUAGAUGUCAACUCUGUCAAAGGACAAACAGAGCUCUAGUCUAGCAUAAGGUCUGUUGUAGUAGUAGGUGGGAUUAAACAUGUUCAUCAGUAGCUCUCGCAAUCUUCUGUCGAUCAGACUAUGGGCCAGUUUCCCAGUUUGAGAUUACACCUAUUCCUGGACUAAGAAGCACCUUGAAUGGCGAUCCUUAAUUGAGCAUGCAUUUUAGGAGUAGGCUUAAUCUGAGUCUGGGAAAUCAUUCUAUUGAGCCCAAAUCAGUGUCCACAUGGAUUGGUUGGUAAUAUCCGUCUCUCCUGUAGUCAUGGAGACUGAAAGACUGAUCUAGUGGCCUUAGCUGAGAUCCUUACAGAUAGCUGAGAUCCUUACAGAGAGCUGUUAAUCAAAACCUAAAAAACAAUUCUUGGAUUGUUCCAUCCUAGCCAGCACACAUCCCCAGCGUUGUUUGUGCCAUACGUUUGUUCAAUGAUGGGUUCCCUGGCCUCUCCUUCUUUGGUUUUAAACCAGUGUGUUUUUAGUUUUUUUACCUUCCUGAAACCUAUACUCAUCUCUCUGUAUGCUUACUUGUUCAUAGUUGACCUGUGUUAACAAUGACCUGGGCUUGGCUGUGUUAACAAUGACCUGGGCCUGGUUGUGUUAACAAUGACCUGGGCCUGGCUGUGUUAACAAUGACCUGGGCCUGGCUGUGUUAACAAUGACCUGGGCCUGGCUGUGUUAACAAUGACCUGGGCCUGGCUGUGUUAACAAUGACCUGGGCCUGGCUGUGUUAACAAUGACCUGGGCCUGGCUGUGUUAACAAUGACCUGGGCCUGGCUGUGUUAACUAAAUGACCUGGGCCUGGCUGUGUUAACUAAAUGACCUGGGCCUGGCUGUGUUAACAAUGACCUGGGCCUGGCUGUGUUAACAAUGACCUGGGCUGGCUGUGUUAACUAAAUGACCCGGGCCUGGCUGUGUUAACUAAAUGACCCGGGCCUGGCUGUGUUAACUAAAUGACCCGGGCCUGGCUGUGUUAACUAAAUGACCCGGGCCUGGUUGUGUUAACUAAAUGACCUGGGCCUGGCUGUGUUAACUAAAUGCAGUCACGGUAGAAUUUGGACGAUGAACUGAAUGAACUAGAGAAACGUACUUUCCUCUCUGUCAAAUGGCUUCGCUUGAGUUUAAUGCUUGCCAGCGCUUGGUCAUCUGAUUUGUACUUGCAGUAUGUUAACUGUUUCUUUUGUCAGCGCAAGGAGGUCGCCCUCAGGGCCUUGGACCUUAUCGCCAGUCUGGUUUCUUCCUCUCAACAGAACAAUUGCUUGACUCGUCUCAUUAGUUGCCUUCCUCCAUUUUGUAUUUGUAUUUUCUAAUUAUGGUAAACACUAGUAUUAUCAUAUUAUUUUUCAAAAUAAGUGUUGGUGGGAUGUGUCUAGAGGGUUAAGAUGGGGGGAGGAAGAGGGAUUGUGGUAAAAAAUGUAACAUUAUUUUUUGUUCAAUACGUUUAAAUUGUGUGUGUGAGUGUGUGUGUGUGUGUGUGUGUGUGUGUAAUGCAUGUUUGUGGGUUAGUGGUUUCUUGUGAGGGUGACCCGUGGGUUGUAUUGGUCACAGGUCUGUAAUUACCAUUUACCUGUAAGAAUGACCUGUAUGGGGCCUCCCGGGUGGCGCAGUGGUAAAGGGACUGCAGCGCCAGCUGUGCCACCAGAGACUCUGGGUUCGCGCCCAGGGUCUGUCGUAACCGGCCGCGACUGGGAGGUCCGUGGGGCGACACACAAUUGGCCUAGCGUCGUCCGGGUUAGGGAGGGUUUGGCCGGUAGGGAUAUCCUUGUCUCAUCGCGCACCAGGGACUCCUGUGGCGGGCCGGGCUCAGUGCGCGCUGUGUUAAGAAGCAGUGCGGCUUGGUUGGGUAUCGGAGGACGCAUGACUUUCAACCUUCGUAUCUCCCAAGCCCGUGCGGGUGUUGUAGCGAUGAGACAAGAUAGUAGCUACCAAACAAUUGGAUACCACGAAAUUGGGGAGAAAAAGGGGUAAAAUUCACAAAAAAAAAAUGAAAAAAAUGGAUGACCUGUAUAAUACCAAGACAAUGAGUACAGAAAAAUAUAUACAAAAAAAUAAAACUAUAUAAAAAAAAA